CUAGCUAGCCCGCAACAUUUCCCAAAUUAGUCGAUAAUUUCAGCAAAGGCUGCGUGUAAACAAAGACAAUCGACAGCUUGAGAUGGAUGAAGAAAGAGGAGAAAACCUGCUCGGAGAGAGUGGCCUGAUCAUACCCAUCCUCCUCUGUUUCACAUGAUCAGCAGCAAUGGUAGCAGCAGUGAUUGUGCAAGCAGCCUACCCAGUGGCUGCACCACGCCUACCACCACACCAACCCCGACCACACCCAAACCCAAGGUGGAGUACAUCUGCCGUUGGGAGUCCUGCGGAGAGGAGACGGACACCAGCGCCGACCUGGCCGAUCACGUUCGAGCAGAGCACGCCCAGAAGCAGAUCAAGAAAGGAGGAAAGAAGUUUGUGUGCCUGUGGGACGGCUGCAAGGUUUACAACACGCCUUCCAUGUCUGCCACCUGGCUUCCGAAGCAUGUGUUGACGCACUGCGGGGAUAAGCCGUUCCGCUGCGUGUUCGCAGGAUGCAACCAGAGCUACAGGACAGAGAAAGGUCUGAUGAGGCACUGUCAAUCUCAUCUCAAUGCUGCCAAGCAGAACUCACAACAGAGAACCCCAAAGAGCAAGGAGGAGAGUCCAGGCAAAGCUCUCAAGAGGAAAAGGAUGAGAAUUAGAAGAAGAUUGUCAAUGGUUUCAGCGAAGACGGAUGAUUUCUUUGAUACCCGUAUGGCUGACGCUGUUCAUCAUCGUCUGGUCGAACUCAAUAUGAAGACAAAGAUAGACACUGAGGGCAGCGGGAGAUCGCUCAUCUUCAAAAGCUCUGUUGUUGGGAAAAGAACAGAUGAGAGCGGGGAAUCCAUGGUCCUCCUUCGUUGGUCACCAACUGAUGUCAUCCCAGACUCGUGGAUCAAGGAUUCGGAGCAGAAGGAUCAUGAAGAGUGUGCCAUCCCUAUCAGCAGUGUGCCUCACGAAGCCCUACACAACAUAGGACCAGGACUACUCCCUCCAAAGAGACAGAGAAAACAGAGGAGAAAAUGAGAUGAUGAAUAAACCUCCUCUUGAUAUAAGGAACUUAUGGACCUUACCUCAUGGACUACUGAAUUCAUUCACUCCCUAGGCUCACUGGAUGAAUGAUCCACUUCUAGUAUGCAAUGGGUUAAGAGUACUCAUACUCUGAUGGAUGCCAGAAGAAGAAACUCCUCUGUUCCAUC